AUGGUGCGACUCCUUCCCAGUAUAGUGGGUGCAGCAGCUGCAGCUGCUUCUUGCCUGGUCGGCACCACGGAGGCAGCUGCGACCUCACGACAAGCCACGACGACCUACUGCAAGCCAAGUCAGCCUUGCUGGCCAAGCCAAGCUGAUUGGGAUGCAUUCAACCAGAGUAUAGGUGGACGGCUUAUCAAGGUGAGCUGCGCGAAGCAUCGUUGGAGCUGGCCCAACUUGCUGAUCGUACGCAAUUGCUUUCCUCAAAAAGGUAACACCUUGGGCAGAUUCAUGCUUCGCCAAACCCAACGGCUUCAAUGCGCUGCAAUGCACUGCCGUCAAACAAGGUUACACGGAUCAAAAUGCCCGUCAAGAUGUCAUUGGAGUCACGAUGGUCGACAACUGGUCGCAGUGCGGCGACGAUAGCUGCGCGCUAGAUCCUAGGAGCAGCCCCCUUGGCCUGACACUUGCCCCUAAAGGUGGUGGCAGCAAGACCUGCGGCUUGGGGAGAAUCAGCCCUUACGCUGUCAACGUCGACUCUGCAGAGACGGCGAGCAAAGCCAUCCUGUUCGCGAAAGCUCGUCGAAUCAAGCUGACUAUCAAGGUGAGUCAUCUAUGUGGAAGCGGCGAGCCUGUCUUUGCUGUCUAAUCGCGGUCGCCAUCAUUGUGCAGAACACCGGGCAUGACUACCUUGGCCGCAGUUCCGGUCCCGACGGACUGACCAUCUGGACCCACAAUCUCAAGUCGAUCUCGUACGUCGAAAACUUCAAUGGAAAGGGCAAUGCGCUCGUAAUGGGCUCUGGUGUGCAAGCAGAUCAAGCAUACACCUUUGCAAGUCAGAAUGGCAAAGCCAUUGCGCUUGGCGCCGUGGCCACCGUCGGUAUCGCAGGCGGCUUCGCUUUCGGUGGAGGUCAUGGCCCGCUUGCUCCAACACGUGGCAUGGCUGUUGACAACAUCUUGCAAGUGAGUAGCACCAAUUGGAAGGUCUAUACAUCACGCUCACGCAACACCUUCUCCAUCAGGUCACGGUCGUGACUGCUGACGGUACAAUCCGCAGAGCGAACAGCGAGACAAAUUCCGAUCUCUUCUGGGCCAUUCGCGGUGGUGGCGGUGGUUCUUGGGGCGUCAUCACGGAAACCGUCAUGAAGGUGCACCCCGACGGUCCCGUUCAAAAUCUCGAGUACAUCGUCGACUUCAAAGCGGUGCCGGAAGCGAACAGAGAUGCUGCACGCAUCGGCUACAUGGCCAAGCUUGCAGAAGUUCAGGAAAACCUGAUCAAGAAUGGCUGGGUUGGAUAUCAUUUCAUCAACUCGGACACGUUCCUAGGCUCGGUCGGGGUUCCUUCUUCUGAUUACGCAAAAGCCACUCAAGAAGUUGCGCCGCUAGUCGACUACAUCAAAGCCCAGCCAGGCUUCACCUUCAUCCCCGUUGGUCCGCUCACCACGUACCCAACGCUCGACCUCUACCGUCGCAAGCUGGGCCUCAGCUCCCCACGCCUCACACCCGUCGGCUACGCGCAACGGCUCUCUUCGCGUUUGAUUUCCCGAUCCACCUUUGCCACGAAUGUAAGCCGCAAUGCGCUCGCAACGGACCUCAACUCCGCUUUUAAACGUGUGAGCGAAGCCCAGCAAAAGUACGCCGACCAUACCGAUCCCAUUGCACUCUUCAUCUUCGCGACCACUCCGUUGCCUUCAGCUAUGGGAGGUCCCAGGGGCGCGGACACCAGUCUCAAUGCAGCGUGGCGCGACAGCUUCUGGCACGUCGUCAGCGCCGCAAACUGGGUCGAGGGCAUACCAAGACAAGGCAAGGAUGACAUCGCUAAAGCUGUGCAAGAUGCGGCCAACUUUUAUCGAAAGUACGGAUCGGGGGCGUACAUCAACGAGGCCAGCGUCGACGAGGUGGAUUGGCAAGGCGCCUUCUAUGGCGGCGGAGCCAAUUAUAACAAGCUUUUGCAGAUCAAGAAAAAGUAUGACCCCGACAACGCUUUCCUCGUUUGGAAGGGUGUUGGCUGGACGGGCGCAGGGGAUCGCUUCGCGUGCUACAACUUCAAUUAG